CCCCCUCGCCACACACGCACACAAAAAAGAAAAAAGAAAAAAAGAAAACCAGUACAGCCGCCACUCAAACAGUCCAUAAAUAAACAAAACAAACCUCUCCAUACCAACUUCAUUUGGUUUUCUUCUCACAACACAGCAAUGAAGGUCCUUUCUCUUUUCACUUCUUUCUGCUGUUAAGUUGUCUGACUUCCCCAAUAUGCCAAUUUGUUAUCCAUGCCUUCUUAUGAAACCACCUCGUAUUCUUUUUUUGCGUAGUUUUUUAUAUUUCCUGUUUUGGAUUCAUGCGGAUUAUUGCUCAGCAGUUUGUUUUGGUUCCCAGGCAUUUCAAGUUGGAUUAUGGUCAGUUUGGCUAUCUGGGUUUGUGUUAAUUGGUCUCUCUCUCUAUUCUACUCAGAGGUUACCUACCCUCAAGGAUCGGAUCAGAGUGACCAAACUUGAUCAAGAAGCUGUCGGCGAUCCAGACAAUCCGAAGAUUACCAUAUUCUCAGCACCUAGUCCAUUCAAUGGCUCUGUUGGGGCUAGGCAGAGUCUAGCUAUUCGGUCAUGGCUUGCACUGUCCGCACAAAUUAUUGUUGUUCUCUUCAGCCAAGACCCUUCCGCUGUUUCUUUCGCAGUUCCCUUUGGUUCGAGGGUUUUGGUUGAGCCCAACAUUGAUUUCACGUUCCUUGGUACCCCAUUCUUUCAUUCAAUGAUAGCAAGAUCGCGGUCAUUCACAUCGGAUAUUUUCGUUGUUAUUGAUCCCGAAACCAUUCUUCUACCUGACUUCAUUUCCACCCUAAACUACGCUUAUGAACUUGACCGUGAUUGGCUCCUUGUUGCUUCAUCACGUAAUUUCUCCUACUUCCCAUACUACUUGGAUGAAGCUGGGAAACAUUGGCAAAGAGGGGAUGGAAAAUGGGUGAGAACCCAGGAGUUGCAGGAGCUGCUUUCUAAAAUCUGGCGAUGGAAUCGUUGUGAAGGAAGAAUGCUUAUGGCUUGGAACAGCGGAGAUUGGCCAUUACAUACAGGAGUUCUUCCUCCUUUCUUGUAUGGGAAGGGGAUCCACAACCACUGGGUCAUUAAUGAGGCUGUAUCAUCUGAACUCAGGUUUGUGUUUGAUGCCAGUUGGACCAUCUCAAGUUUCCAUCUAAAUCAUCAGGACCAUUGGCCUAAUGGAAUAGUUGGAGAUUCCAGAGUUUCAGAUAUUGAAAACAGAAGGUGGGAGUAUGUUGGCAAUUCCCAUAUUGGGGCAUUGUAUGGAUCAUUGUUAUAUCGCGAGGCUAAUUACUCUAGCCUGAUAAAACUUUUGAAAUGUAGCGGACAAUAUGUUUUCACCAACACAACUGAAAAAACUGUCUAUCCAUACGGAUACCAGAGUGCCCGUAGCUUAUGUAAGAGAAGGAUCUUGCAUUCAUGGUGGAAAAAGAGGAUCGUGGCUUGUGUUGAUGCUAUUAAAUCACUGGACAAAAUACUAGAUUGCUCUUUGAAGGAUCAGAUGAGACCCUCAGCCCCAUUAGAUCUUUCAUUCUCCUUGGAGUCACUCCUUCCAUUAAUUGCAGAUAAGAAUAAAACAAUUGUGCUUGCAGUUGCUGGAUAUAGUUAUAAGGACAUGCUAAUGAAUUGGGUGUGCAGAUUACGCCGCCUUCUGAUUACAAAUUUUAUGAUCUGUGCCCUUGACCAAGAAACCUACUCGUUCUCUGUUCUGCAGGGUCUGCCUGUUUUCAAGGACCCACUGGCUCCAAAUAACAUCAGCUUCAAUGACUGCCACUUUAGUACAGAAUGCUUUCAGAGGGUGACCAAAGUGAAAUCCAGAAUGGUUUUAAGUAUACUGAAGCUUGGUUACAACGUGCUCCUAAGUGAUGUGGAUGUAUAUUGGUUUAUGAAUCCAUUGCCUUUGCUUCACUCUCUUGGCCCUGCCGUUCUUGUGGCACAGUCUGAUGAAUUUAACAAGACAGGACCAAUAAACUUACCUAGGCGUUUAAACUCUGGUUUCUACUUUGCUCGUUCUGACAAUUCAACUAUUGCUGCCAUGGAGAAGGUGGUGAAGCAUGCAGCGACGUCGGCCCUAUCUGAGCAGCCAAGCUUCUAUGACACAUUGUGUGGGGAAGGUGGGUCCAAUCGUGUGGGUGAUAAUAGAUGUGUGGAACCUGAAACGAAUCUGACUGUUCAUUUCUUAGAUAGAAACCUCUUCCCAAACGGUGCUUACCUAGAUCUGUGGCGGAAGAAAAACGUUAAAGCUGCCUGUGUGAAGAUGGGUUGCUUUGUUCUCCACAACAAUUGGAUUGGUGGGAGGCUGAAGAAGCUAGAGAGACAGGUAUUGUCAGGCUUAUGGGAUUAUGAUUCUAGUACAAGGAUGUGCUUGCAAAACUUGCCCUAGUUUAAAUCGAAUUGCUCAUUUUGAGGCCAAGGCGAUGAUGCCUUUUCAUGCCAUGUUCAAGGCUCACGACUUUGGUUUUCACUUCAAAGAAAGGGGGACAAAUUUCCAAAUAGAUACAAGAUGAAGUCAUUUCCUUUCACUUCAAGGCUCACCUUGGUUUCAUCACUAUCUUCUAUUGAAAAAUGUUAAGCCGUCCGUCAAAACAAAAAGAAUCUUCCAUUGACAUUGGUUGAUAACAGUGGCAUAACUCAAGCAACACAAUACACAAAUCACUCCACAUUCCCUGUCAGCGGAUUAUGACGAAAACUUUGGUCAGUGUACGACAUUGGCAACCAUGCUGAAGAGGUGCAUUCCUUUGGUGGGGUUCAGUCGGUAUUCCAGCAAUAGAGAAAGCGGGAGGAAAGAGUUGGAAGGAGCUUCAGACGACAGAUCAUCUGAAUCUAGAGGGAAGAAAGAAGUGAAAGAAGUGAGAGGAGCUUCCAUAUCCUUGGACGUGAGAUUACAGGGAAAAAAUAUUUACGUCAGAAUAGUUCAUGCAGGUGGGCGUGAGGAACUCUAUCCAAAUGCAAUUCCUGCAUCUAAGCUGAUGGAAAAAUAUCCUGGGAUGUCUGUUGCGCGGCCAGAAGUCUUCAAAAGUCCACACGACUCCCUAUUAUGUCCGGAAGACAGUCUCUUGCCUGGUCAGAAAUACCAUGUAGUCCCAUCCUCAACUGUGCAUAAACUCCGGAAAAAGGCCGAGGUAAAAGAACAUGUUGCAGUAAAAAAGGAGACUUGGGAUUGGAAGAUCACCAUAGAUGUAGGUGAAAUAAGUCUGGAGGAUAGUAUUUUUUAUGCAAAAUAUUUUUAUCAAUCCAAGGACAGGACCGAAAAGUGCUCAGAAGACACAAAACCUUCAACGAGGAAUCGUGUUAAGAGGGAAAAAACCUUUUGUACCUCCACUCCCAAAGGGAAAACCAUUCCGAGGAUUGGGGUGGGAGCCCAGCCUGACUUCUGUACCGGAGCUCUCUCCCUGACUUUGUUCCUUCUUUCUCGAUGUUUCUCAGUUGUCAUCCAAUGUUUUUCCAGUCUUCCCAAUUAGCAGGGCCAAUUCCGAGAAAGAAGAAGAAAAAUAGUAUUCCUAGAAAACAAACGCUGGCUGCAUAGGAAGUCACAGAAAUGUUAGCCACGGUAUGAAUAGAAGGUUCACUGUUUUUCAGUGUC